GACGGAGUUUGGGGCCCCUGGUCAGCUUGGGAUCUGUGUAGUGUUUCGUGCGCCAGGGGUCAGCAGAAACGCCACAGAAGCUGCAUCGGCCCAUUCUACGGAGGACGAAACUGUACCGGACAGUUGUUUGAAACCCAAAACUGUACCGAGCCUGAGUGUCCAGGUAAAUUGUGCUUACAGUACGGUAUAAGGACCCACAAACAAAAAAAGGCGAAAGAUUUAUUUUAAAGAAAUGAAAUUGUGUACGGCCCUAAUGAAAUAAAUAAUGUUUAAAAAAAUGUCAUGUUUUAAAGUUUACCAAGAUAUUUUUAGCAAAGAUUUCAAAGAAACAGGGGCUACAGUUUAAUAAUAGCUGUUCCUUCAUGGAGAUUUUCGAGCACGCAGUCGAGUUCUUUUUUAUAGACUACUUCUAUUUAAACAUAUAUUUUUUUAAUUUAAAAAAAAAAAUUUGAAGAAUUUCAUGCUCCAAGAUAAUAAUAGAUCAUAGUAAUAGAUUUUGAUUCUUUUUUUUAAAGAAUCUACAAUUUUUGCUUAAUAAUAAUGCUUAAUAUUUUUAUGAAAAAAAUAGUUUUCAAAGAUAGUUUUCAAAAUUUACAAUUUAAGGUCCAGUUUGUUCGACUUUAAGAAUGUUUAGGACUGUAGCUUACUUUGUUCGCCUAUGUCUAUGGGCAUGUUAUAGCCCAACAAAGAUUAUUUUUGGACUAUAAUUAAGUUGCAGGAAUAUUUUAACUAUAACGAUUUUUUUUGGACAAUGGUUAUGGUACAGGCCUACAACAAAUUUCAAUUAUGUAUGAGUAUGAAUAUGUUGUCGGCCUAUUCCGAAGUCAACUCAUCGCCUUUAAUGAAUGAUUUGAUUGCUUUUAUUGAAUUUCUCCAAGACCGCUUUACCAGGGUAAUACCCUAAAGACCUUCAGUGUCAAGUUUCACAUCGUGUUUAAGUUGUAAAAGUGUUCUUCAAAGUUACAUCUCCAACUCUUGCGCUUUUCACAGAAGAUGGUAUUCUAACCCCAUGGUCCCCAUGGGGAGACUGUGACGUCACGUGUGGGGGUGGGGUUAAAGAGAGACGGCGUGACUGCAUUGGCCCAUUUUACGGUGGGCGGGACUGCGAGCAGCCGUUGAACGAAAGAGUCACGUGCAACCCUAAUGUCUGCCCUGGUAGGUGUCAUCGAACAAUCUAA